AUGUUCAUGCAGGGGAUGCUAAGGAGCUUUGACCAGCACGUCUCUUGCUGCCUCCUCCUAAUCAUCGCCGUCUCCUGCGGAUCGUUUCACUCUACCGAGACCGUAACGCCCAAUGGUAGCCCACUCGGAUUGAGGAGGACUGUCUUCCUGUCCAGGAGCCUCCGUGCCUCAGAGACACGGCUGGGGCUACGAGGAGGAUCAGAUGAGCCUCGAGCACAGAACAGCAGCUGCUGCGCGCCAUCGUGGGAGGUCAUCACUGACAUCAGCACGAGCUACAACGGUAGCUUCAACUGCACGCACGUCGCCGCGAGGUUCGACAGGGACCCGUCGGACACGCUGGUCACGGGAGGAGACACGCAGAUGACGGUGUUCAGGAACGUCAAGAACGGGAUAGGGGUGGAGAUCAUACAUGGAGAGGAUCACUACAUGUGUAUUGGGUUCUUCCGAUUCCUUACCAGCGAGAUCUUCAGCAUCGUGACUGAUUUACCUCACAUGCAGGACUUCUCGUACGACUGCCCGGGGCACGUCGCCUUCAUCAACGGGCAUGUCACCGGUGACUUCUUCAUGGCGCCAGACUUUUACAACGCCAUGAGGGCUGGGCCUGGACGACGUUUCUUCAGCGAGGAGAGGAUGAUGAGCGAGGGAUGGCAGGCGGCCAAGUCCGAUGAGACUGGAGGGCAAGGAACGAUCCUCUAUCACAAGGAUGGGAACUGGACAGUGAUGCCCCUCAGCACCUGCAUCGUCGUGAAGCACACGCAGACAGGAGACGCGAAACUGAUCUUGCUCGAAGAUGGGUUCAUCUACUUGGGGGCCAAGGACCCGCAUGGCAUGUUUUUCAAGCCUCCGGCUGCUAUCUGUGCAUUCAACACUUGCAAACACGUUGUCAAAACACGUGAAGAGGGGGAGCAGAUGCUAUCAGGUCUUGUCUGUGAAGAAGACUUGGCAGCUAUUCUACCGAACGCAAGAGUCACGUAA